AUGAUCGGUGACAAACAAACAACUACUGCAGUAUAUGUAAACCUUUACGAGGUGUUAGUGUUAAGACGUUCCAAGGACGUCAUGCCUUUCGCACGGUUUGUGGAACCAGGGCGUGUAGCCCUGGUAGCUGAUGGUCCCUUGAAAGGGAAGUUGGUAAGCGUGGUCGAUAUUAUUGACCAGACUCGCGCUUUGGUCGACGGACCUUGCAGCGGUAUAUCACGUCAACAAAUCCGCCUUAAUCAACUGCACCUGACCAAGUUCCGCCUGAGCUACCCCUUCACAGCGCCCACACGCGUUGUCAGAAAAGCGUGGAUUGAUGCUAAACUAACGGAAAAAUGGACUGAAAGCCAAUGGUCUCAGAAAUUGGCCAACAAAGAGAAGCGUGCUCAAAUGACCGACUACGAUCGUUUCAAGUUAACAUCGGCGCGUGUCAAGAGGAACCGUGCAAGAACAGCAGUGUUCAAGAGUUUGAAGGUGAAAGCGGCCCGUGCCGGCACAUUCGGCAAGAAACUCGUCCCCAAGGCAGGCGCUAGGAAGGUGCGCACUAAGAAGCCCAGCACCAAGAAACCGGCAAAGAAAAGCAGUUACAAGUCUCAUGAUCAAAAGUAA